ACGAAUAUGUGUGGCACCGAAUCUUCUCGUCCAGUCCUCGGCGGCACAAUCGCCAUCUUAAAGUCCCUUGGUGAAUCAACAUUACCAGACUUAUCGCUCAUCUUCCACCAAGACGAAGCUUCAACCACGACAGCGACAUUUCAAUCUUCCACGGUACCGGCCACAAACGAUACAGAGUUCAGCAGUUGCCAGAUUGUAAUCUUAGCUUCAACACCCGCGACAUCAAUCUUACACGCAUUUCCAUUGUCGACGUUCACAACGCAGUCAUUCAGCUUGCCUCAUAAGCUCGAUUUGGGAGUUGGUGGCGAAGGUAUCAUUGGCAGAAGAGUUGGACUGGUCAGACAGGCUCAGGUAUUGAGGCAAGGCAUCAUCGGGUGGAACUAA